UUAUUUCUUCAAUUAGUCAAACAUGUAACGUAACGUAAGGCAAACUAAUUCACGUUUUCGUUGUUUAUGCCUCAACAUAAAUAAACAACCAGGCAUGACAGCUUCUUAAAACAGUGUGCUGUUUGGUGGAUUUUUUUAUUUACAAAGUUUUAAAAUAAAAGCUAUAUAGAAUGCCUAAGCGUGCAUUGCGAUUCUACUUGGAUACUCCAAAAAGUUGUCUACAGAGACUAAAUAAAAGGAGGAAAUCAACAAAUCUCGAGAUACAACAAGCCAAGGACAAUGAAUAUGAAGAAGACGCUGAAAUGGGGGAAGAUAAUGCCGGGAACAGGACAAAUCCUCCGGUUGAACUAACAGAUGCUGAAUUCGAGUCAUCACUACGGCAUACAAAGCAAAUGCGGUGCAUUAAAUAUAAUCAAAAUAAUGAAAUAGAAAGAUUAUUGCUACACAAUGGUUCGGGUCUGUUCUAUCACGUGGAUCACGACAACUUCCCGGCGUUCAAUGUGGGCCUUUGGCCACAGGAUGCACCAAAUGAACUAAGUAAUUAUCCGACAUGUGCAUUUUCCAUCCCUCGGCCCAUUUUCAUAGGCGACAUAAUACAGGAAAAUUUAGAUUUAUGCUGUAGAAGACCCAUGACCAGGGAAAAACAUCGUCAGCGUUUAUAUAAAACAAGAAGUACAUAUAAUAAUGCAAUUAAAAAAAAAACCACAAGAUCCGAUGAAAAGAAUGGUAUAUACCACACAUCUGUGUUUGAUAUGGCCGAAAGGCUGCUGAUAGAACCCGAUCCAUAUUUUAAUGCAAGCUAUGAUUAUUACUAUACUGGUGGUAAUUUGUGCGUUAAUUCGGAAAUGGGACACAUUAUACAUGCAGUGGGACCCAAUUUACAAACAAUUGAAAUAAUGAAAUUAUGUAAGACUGAGGACACCGAUGAAAAUAGUUUUUUACAAUCAUUGGAUAAAAUUACAUCGAAAGAAGAUUGUGAAAUAUUUGAAAUACAACCAAUGAAAUCGCCCAAUGCAAACGAUCAAAAUUGCUUUAUUACCCGUCAACGAAAUUCAAUUGCAAUCAAUACACUGACUGAAAGAAACAAACUAAGAAUUUUAACACAAUUUCGUACAAAAUCUACACCAUUUAUAAGUUUUACACAAUCGGAUCGUGACUGCAAUAAACUUCUGUUAACAACAAUGAAACAACAUGUACGUCUGUACGAUAUCGGAGCCAGCGAGCCUAUACUAAGCGAUUUGUUUAAAAUUGAAUCGAAUGGUUUCAAUCCAUCGUGGAAUUCUAUAAAACCUUGGCGUGAGAAUACAUUUCUGUAUGCUAACGAGUAUAAAUUUUGUCUCAUCGAUAUACGCACCAAACCAGAACAAUGGAUGGCAGCGGCCACAAGUGUCAUCGAACACAAUGCCUUAUGUGAUCACAUAACCGCCAUUAAGCCAAGUGAUUUCAAUAAUCUCUUUUAUGUGGCUACAAAUCAUAAAUUGCAUUGUAUGGAUAUACGUUAUAUGAAAGAAUUUUCAUUUGAUGAACCUGAGGGGGUUAUAUGUCGUUGGUCUCACCAGCUACAGUAUUCCCCAUUGUUGAUAGAUACAUAUAGAGUGCGUAAUCAUGAAUAUAUAGCAUUGUCUUCUCCCAUUGCCGGUGAUCUACAUAUAUGCCAGUUGUCUAGAAAGAAGAACGUAGAAAAAAUGGCAGUAACAACAUCACAACGUGUUCCCAAACAUCUUUUCAGUUCUCCGUGUUUGCCCUACCAACCUCCCAGUUUACUUGAAGCAUACGAAGUUGCACGACUUGAGGGUCAUUGCUUGCAGCCAGAAGCAAACUUAAAAAAUAGGUUAAUGUCAUGCACCACAGGCAUGAGUUUUUGUCAUCCUCUUCUGGAAGGAAACGAGGCUCCUUUAGGUACGCUGUUAACGUCAAACUCUUUGGGUGACAUUUUUCUUCGUACAUUAACCAAACGAGAAGAUGAUCAACAACCUGAUGUAAGGGGAAAUGAAAACAGCAACGAGAUGUUAGCCGAAUAUGCAAAAAAACUUGUAGAACAAAAGCGUGUCUUGAACUACACUGAAAUAAAGAAUAUGAAAGGUAUGCGCAAGAUUUUCCUUUGCAAGUAUCUAAACAGUGACGUCAAACAAGAUAUGGAGGCUAUGGACGACAGCUUUAGUGAAAACGAGCAACCCGCACAAGAAAUUCCAGCUCGAACAACGCCAGUCAAAAAGAAAAGAAAACGUCUUCAUUUGGGUCGUUGGCAGAAAUCAUUUAGAGCUUUACAUUCCUACAAAGAUGCAUUGGUUCCAGAUCUCCUGUCAAUAUGGGAUAUUGACAUGGAAGACGAAAAAGAUGAUGUAAACUUGGGCAAUUUACAGUCCAACCUUCUUGUUAAGCCAGAUCCAGAUAAGAAAGUUCAAUGUUGGCUUGAAACUAAUCACAAUACGAGCACUGCCAUGGUUGUUAUACCAAGAACUAACGCAUCAAUACCUGGACAUGAUGUCUCAAACAUAACUGCAGAAGCGGAAAAUAGUUUGCUUUUCAAUCAAACUCAAGACACAAUAGAUUUUGAUAAUGUUAUUCAAUCGACACAAAUUGCAGAUGUAAAUAUUACUCAAACAAUCAAUACGUCUAACAUUGAAGAACUUCCUCUUAAUACAACAACAAAUUCAUUGGAUCGAUCGAAAACGAAAAAGAAAGCUAAGAAAUAUGUUAAAGGUUUCUAGUGUCUAGAACAGUACAAAAAAAGAUUUAUUUUAAUGUCUUUUAAUUUAAUAUUUUAAAUCAAAUUGAAAUUAAUAUGUAUAACAAUAUAGUUUAUAUAUAUGUGUUUAUAUAUACAAACUAUUUGUAAUAUAUUCAUCACUGUUAUAUAUAUUUUUGUUUUAACUAGAUUUAAACCUUAGCUUUAUUAAGCAGAUAAGUAAAUAUUCUUUAAACAUUUAUUUAAGAUUUAAAUGUGCAAAGAAACAAUGAGGGAAACAUCUGAAACUAACGUGAAACUA